UACAAAGGAUGUGCUGCACAGCUCUUUUUCUUUCUCUUCUUUAUUGGGGCAGAGUUUUUUCUUCUGACCAUCAUGUGCUACGACCGCUACGUGUCCAUCUGCAAACCCCUGCACUACGGGACCCUCCUGGGCAGCAGAGCUUGUGCCCACAUGGCAGCAGCUGCCUGGGCCAGUGCCUUUCUCUAUUCGCUGCUGCACACAGCCAAUACAUUUUCCUUGCCCCUGUGCCAUGGCAAUGUCCUGGGCCAGUUCUUCUGUGAAAUCCCACAGAUCCUCAAGCUCUCCUGCUCAAAUUCCUCACUGAGGGAACUGAGGCUCAUUGCUGUUAGUGCCUGCUUGCUAUUUAGUUGUUUUGUUUUCAUUGUUUUCUCCUAUGUGCAGAUCUUCAGGGUCGUGCUGAGGAUCCCCUCUGAGCAGGGACGGCACAAAGCCUUUUCCACCUGCCUCCCUCACCUGGCUGUGUUCUCCCUGUUCAUCAGCAGUGCCAUAUUUGCUCACCUGAAGCCUCCCUCCCUCUCCUCCCCAUCUCUGGAUCUGGCUGUGUCAGUUCUGUACUCAGUGGUGCCUCCAGCCCUGAACCCCCUCAUCUACAGCCUGAGGAACCAGGAGGUCAAGGCUGCUGUUCACUUCCCAUCGAUUGACUAG